AUGGCUGCUACUAGAAACAUCAAGUGUGUCGUCGUGGGUGAUGGUGCGGUCGGAAAGACUUGUCUCCUUAUCAGUUACACAACCAAUGCGUUCCCCGGUGAAUACGUCCCCACCGUGUUCGACAACUACUCGAGCCAGGUCAUGGUUGACGGUUUGACCGUGUCCUUGGGUCUGUGGGAUACUGCCGGUCAGGAGGAUUACGAUCGACUCCGACCACUCUCCUACCCCCAGACCGACGUAUUCCUUCUCUGCUUCUCUGUAGUCUCUCCCGCCUCUUUCGAGAACGUGCGAACAAAGUGGUAUCCCGAAAUUCGACAUCACUCCCCCGGUACUCCCAUCAUUCUCGUCGGCACCAAGCUCGACUUGAGAGACGACCCCAUGCAGGUCGACAAGCUGAGGGAACGAAAGCAAUCUCCCAUCACCUUCUCCCAAGGGUCCGCCAUGGCGAACGACAUUAAAGCUGCCAAGUACCUUGAAUGCUCCGCCCUUACUCAGAAGAACUUGAAGUCGGUAUUCGACGAGGCUAUCCGGACCGUCCUCAACCCCAAUCGACGUGCGGGCAAGGCCAAGAAGGGAAACGGCUGUGUCCUCAUGUAA